AUGAAGGGCCUUCUCUCACUGCUCCUUGUGGGAGCUGUUACUACUUCGGUGGCUUCCUAUGAAUCUCGUUCCAUCACGGAGGAGAUGCUGCAAGGCAAGGAGAAGGGAAUCUGGGACGCUAUCAAGGGGGAAGUACCCGGUGCAAAAUUGGAGGAUUACUUCAAGCCUCCUCCAGAUCAUCAACGCAAGUCUGAUGACAAGUGGGACGGUAUCGAGGAGUACGACAUGAGAUUCAAGACCGUGGACCCCAGCUCCCUCGGUGUCAACGACGUCACGCAAUACAGUGGCUAUCUAGACAAUAACAAGAGUGGCCAGCACCUUUCUUCCUCUCGACGUGAUCCACAAUACGACUCUGUUAUUCUCUGGUUGAACGGUGGUCCAGGAUGCUCAUCCAUGAGCAGCUUAUUCAUGGAGUUGGGAUCGGCCAGAGUUGCUAAGGACCUCACGCUCACCCCAGACAUCCUGAAACAAAAGUCCUACAUCAAGUUGAAGUCUGUCCUGAUUGGAAACGGCAUGACCGACCCUUACACCCAGUUCGCAUCCUAUCCGUUCAUGGCCUGCAGAAAGGGCGGGUACAGUGCUGUCUUGGAUCAGCCUACCUACAAAGCUAUGGAGGCUGCCGUUCUAGAAUGCCAGAAAGAAAUCAAGCGCUGCUAUGACAAGCCUACAGAUACUGCUACUUGUGUUAAUGGUGCCAAGUUCUGUAAGGACGCUCUCGUUCGCCCAUAUUCCCAGACCGGCCAGAGCAUCUAUGAUAUCGUGAUCGCCAAGUACCUCAACCAGCGCCAUGUUCAGCAUGCUAUCGGUGCUGAAGUCUCACAUUUCGAAGGGUGCAACAGUCGGAUAAGCAGCCAGUUCUUCACCCAGGGAGACUACAACCAGCCCUUCCACCGUAAGAUCCCCAGGAUUUUGAAGAAAAUCAAUGUUCUUGUCUAUGCUGGUGAAGAUGACUAUAUCUGCAACUGGCUCGGCGUCAAAAAAUGGACAGAGGCUCUCCGGUGGCCUGGGCGCCCUAUCUUCAAGCACAAGAAACUCAGCGUUGUUUAUAAUAGCUUUAACAAAUGGCCACUGGGUCGUGUCAAGUAUCACAAUGGCCUUGCUUUCCUCCAGAUCUUUAAGGCUGGCCACAGGGUUCCAUAUGACCAGCCUGAGAAUGCCUUGGACUUUCUCAACCGCUGGCUUGCUGGGGAGUGGACUCCAUGGACUUCCAGUACUCAACGUUGA